UUUAUCUGUGUGUGUGUGUGUGUUUUCUCAGAAUUUUAGGUUCCUUCUUCUUCUUCUUCUUCUCACCUUCUGAUAUUUGUUUCUUUAGAAUCUUCUUCUCUUUUCUCACAAAAAUAAAAUCAAAAGUACUAUAAUUAUUAUUUUCCCAUUUUCAAUUACACCACUUUGCGCCGCUGAGCAAUCAAUAAGGAAAGAGAAAGAGAGAGAAGAAGAAGCUCGUUGGAUUCCAUUUUCAGAUAUUUUCUUGAAUCUGUUGGUUGUCUCUUACCUUUAUAAAAUGGGUAAUUGUUUGGAUUCAUCAGCUAAAGUGGACAGUAGCAGCCGCCACAGUCCUCAUGCUAAUUCUGGUUCAUCGGGUUCAAGAGUUUCUAGCAAGACGAGCCGCCGCUCCACAGCUCCCUCAAGCAGCUUAAGCAUCAAUUCCGACACUAGCGUAGAGUCUUUAGCUACUACACCAAGAACCGAAGGAGAGAUACUGUCAUCACCCAAUCUCAAAGCUUUCACCUUUCACGACCUCAAGAGCGCUACUAGGAACUUCCGACCUGAUAGUCUCCUUGGCGAAGGAGGCUUUGGUUAUGUCUUUAAAGGCUGGCUUGAUCGCACAACGCUUACCGCUUCAAAACCUGGUUCUGGUAUCGUUGUCGCUGUUAAGAAGCUUAAAACCGAAGGUUUUCAAGGUCAUAAGGAGUGGCUGACAGAAGUGAACUAUCUAGGUCAGCUUAGUCAUCCAAAUCUGGUCAAACUAGUUGGGUAUUGUGUAGAAGGUGAAGACCGGUUGUUGGUAUAUGAGUUCAUGCCUAAAGGAAGCUUGGAGAAUCAUCUUUUUAGACGUGGUGCGCAGCCACUAACAUGGGCAAUAAGGAUGAAAGUUGCAAUAGGAGCAGCUAAGGGGCUUACUUUUCUUCACGACGCUAAAUCUCAAGUGAUAUACAGAGACUUUAAAGCUGCCAACAUUCUACUUGACGCAGAGUUCAAUGCUAAACUUUCAGACUUCGGUUUAGCUAAAGCUGGUCCUACUGGUGACAGGACACAUGUGUCCACUCAAGUCGUGGGUACUCACGGUUACGCAGCCCCUGAAUAUGUAGCCACAGGACGGUUAACAGCUAAGAGCGACGUGUACAGUUUCGGUGUGGUGCUGCUGGAGUUGCUCUCAGGACGAAGAGCCGUGGACAAAUCAAAAGUUGGAGUGGAGCAGAGUCUAGUGGAUUGGGCAACACCGUAUCUUGGGGACAGGCGAAAGCUCUUCCGGAUAAUGGACACGAGGUUAGGUGGUCAGUAUCCUCAGAAAGGAGCAUACACAGCUGCUAGUCUCGCAUUACAGUGCUUAAACCCUGACGCAAAACUCAGACCAAAAAUGUCUGAAGUUUUGUCCAAGCUGGAUCAGCUUGAAUCAACAACUACUAAACAUGGAACUGGAGUUGCUGGAGCUAAUAGACAAGGUCAGAUUGAUUCUCCAAGAGGUAGUAGUGGACCUGGAGCUAGGCAAGGUCAGAUUGAUUCUCCGAGAGGUAGUAAUGGAUCUGUUGUACAGAAAUCUCCGAGGAGGUAUAGUUACGAUCGGCCACUCUUGCACAUAACUCAGGUUGCUUCUCCGUUGCCUUCUCACAACAGUCAAUCUCCUCGUGUAAGAUAGAUAGAAUCACUGUAUUAUUAUGUAUGUUGUAAUGGUUUGGUGUUGGUUCUUUUCUGGCAUAAGUAUUUUUGAAUAGUUUUCUGAUUGUAAAGUAUGUAAAUGAAUGAAUCUGUUCACACUA